UUGCCAUCAGUUGCUAUCAGUUGUCAUCAGUUACUAUCAGUUGUCAUCAGUCGCUAUCAGUUGUCAUCAGUCGCUGUCAGUUGCUAUCAGUUGUCAUCAGUUCCUAUUAGUUGCCAUCAGAUGCUAUCAGUUGUCAUCAGUUACUAUCAGUUGUCAUCAGUCGCUCUCAGUUGUCAUCAGUUACUAUCAGUUGUCAUCAGUCGCUAUCAGUUGUCAUCAGUCGCUAUCAGUUGCAAUCAGUUGCUAUCAGUUGUCAUCAGUUCCUAUUAUGUAAAUAUUGAACUAUGUUUUAUCUCUAGAGUAAAUAUUGAACUAUGUUUUAUCUCUAGUGUAAAUAUUGAACUAUGUUUUAUCUCUAGAGUAAAUAUUGAACUAUGUUUUAUCUCUAGUGUAAAUAUUGAACUAUGUUUUAUCUCUAGAGUAAAUAUUGAACUAUGUUUUAUCUCUAGUGUAAAUAUUGAACUAUGUUUUAUCUCUAGAGUAAAUAUUGAGCUAUGUUUUAUCUCUAGUGUAAAUAUUGAACUAUGUUUUAUCUCUAGAGUAAAUAUUGAACUAUGUUUUAUCUCUAGUGUAAAUAUUGAACUAUGUUUUAUCUCUAGAGUAAAUAUUGAACUAUGUUUUAUCUCUAGUGUAAAUAUUGAACUAUGUUUUAUCUCUAGUGUAAAUAUU